GAUUAUUUCCUCCUCUCCCCUAUUCUUCCGAUUCCUGAUUACCAGUUCCAGAAUUUUCUUCCAUUAAAUCCUUGGAAAGGAGAGUAGAAAUGAUUAAGAUUCCGUAUUUGACCGCAUUAACCACGCAUUUCAGCUAUGGAUUGCUCUUCGCGUUCGGCCAAUUUCGCGAUUUCUUCAGGAAGAUCUUCGAUUGGUGGCGUACUAACAAUCUUCAGGGGUAUGCACCGAUCUGUUUAGACUUUGAGGAUUUCUAUACUCGGCGCUUAUACCUUCGCAUUCAGGAUUGUUUUGGACGACCAAUAUCAAGCGCACCUGAUGCUUGGUUUGAUGUGGUUGAACGCUAUUCUAAUGACAAUAAUAAAACAUUGAAACGUACUGAGAAGAGAACUAGAUGUCUUAACUUGGGAUCAUACAACUAUCUUGGCUUCGCUGCAUCAGAUGAAUAUUGCACACCACGGGCGAUUGAUUCAUUAAAGAGAUUUUCGGCAAGUACCUGUAGUUCUCGUGUCGAUGGAGGAACUACAACAGUUCAUACAGAACUGGAGGAAUGUGUUGCAAAUUAUGUUGGGAAGCCAGCUGCUAUUGCCUUUGGCAUGGGUUAUGUUACUAACUCAGCUAUCCUUCCUGUCCUGAUUGGAAAGGGAGGGUUGAUAAUUAGUGAUUCAUUAAACCACAACUCAAUUGUCAAUGGUGCUCGAGGCUCAGGAGCUACAAUUCGGGUUUUUCAACAUAAUACACCAUCUCAUCUGGAGAAAGUUCUAAGAGAACAAAUUGCUGAGGGACAACCAAGGACACAUAGACCAUGGAAGAAGAUAAUUGUUGUUGUGGAAGGUAUUUAUAGCAUGGAGGGUGAAAUAUGUCGACUCCCAGAGAUUGUUUCUGUUUGCAAGAAAUACAAGGCAUAUGUUUAUUUGGACGAGGCUCACAGUAUUGGAGCAGUUGGAAAAACAGGAAGAGGUGUAUGUGAACUCUUAGGAGUUGACACUGCUGACGUGGACAUUAUGAUGGGAACUUUCACAAAAUCAUUUGGGUCAUGUGGUGGUUAUAUUGCAGGAUCAAAGGAGCUUAUACAAUAUCUUAAGUAUACAUGUCCAGCUCAUCUAUAUGCAACAUCAAUAUCACCAGCUGCUGCACAACAAAUUAUUUCUGCCAUAAAAGUGAUUCUUGGAGAAGAUGGUUCCAGUAGAGGGGCUCAGAAACUUGCAAGAAUCCGUGAGAAUAGCAAUUUUUUCAGGUCAGAGCUGCAAAAGAUGGGAUUUGAAGUUCUCGGAGAUAAUGAUUCCCCUAUAAUGCCCAUAAUGCUUUACAACCCUGCAAAAAUCCCUGCAUUUUCUCGAGAGUGUCUCAAACAGAAUGUUGCUGUUGUUACAGUCACUUUCCCAGCUACCCCAUUACUUUUGGCUAGGGCACGUAUUUGCAUAUCCGCAUCUCAUACUAGAGAAGACCUUAUUAAAGCAUUGGAGGUUAUCAGUCAAGUCGGAGACCUGGUUGGCAUAAAAUACUUUCCUGCAGAGCCUAAAAAGCAGCAGCAGGAGAAAGAAAUGAUCAAGUUGGAGUAGUGAAGGGAUCAUAAAACUGAUUCAAAUACAUUAUAUAGUGUCUAGGAGUGAACUUUAUAUUUGAUCUAAAUAUUUAAUUAAAUUAUCAUCCUUCUGCAUUUGAUUUUUGUACUCUCUAAGAAUCACAGAAGUUUCCAAUUUGUAGUGAUCCAUAGCGUCAGUAUCCUAGGUGCCUACUUGCUUCGAGCGUCUGUAUCAUGGAAGUUUGGUAAUUUAUUGUACAGAUAACAAUGUAAUUCGUUUUUGUUUCAUCAAAUCAUCCUUUUGAUUUACGUAUCUAUAGUUAAACUCUUUUCUUUGCAGAUUGUAAAUCUAAAUAACUGAAUUUGAUUCAA